AUGCCCUUAACAACACUGCAUCCCAAUGGUUACACAAGUUCUUCCUUCCUGGGGGCCGAGACUCCAUCCGCCAGCGUGGAGGACGAGGGGUCGGAAGGGGACUGUGCCACCAAUUCCCCCAGAGUCCCGAAGCCAAAGAAGUGGCUCAUCAAGAGGAUGAUGAUGAACACCUACACAGUGGAAGACUCGUCCUCCGCGGAGUGCUCCUCUACGGACGAGGACGACACGAUGCAUGACAUCAGCAGCAUCGAGGACGAGGUGUGGGACUCUCCGCUUACCCCUAGUUCGGCCAGGAACAUCGGUGAAGAGGAAAGAAGAGGACAGCUGGCCCCAGAUUGGUUCUCCUCGGUCCAUCUGGGAGAGGGGAGAGCAACAAAGAAGAUUGGGGACGUCAUCCGUAGCGUGGAGUAUGCCAGUGAGGUGGAGGAGAGGUUCCCCGAACUCCUGGUGGGCCUGGUCAACAAGAUCCUCACCGGCCUGCAUAACACCACCGAGGGAGUCGGGAACCGAGACAGCCAAGACCUGCCUCCUGAGGCUCUCCUCCAGACACCAUCCUCCACAGUGGCCAGGCUGAAGGCAUACCUGGCUUCCCUCUUCAGCCUGGACAAAGAUCCAGAAGAGCAUUCCCUCGCAGAGGUGGCCUUCUUUGUGGAGCUGCUCCUGAAAGACCAAGACUUUGCUGCCUUAGAGAAGACCUGGACGCUCCUGGUAGCGUGGCUAGUCCACCCCAGCCAGAACAUCCGCUACCUGAGCGAAAGGGGUCUUCUCCACAUUUAUGGAAAGCUGAAGGCGGCGAAGAAACCCCAGGAUUUUAGUGCCGGGAUCCUGGGAGGGCUCAGGACCUCCAGUCUGGAAGCCACUUUGGGGGUCCUGGCCUUCAUGGAGCGGCUGAGGCACUGUCCAUCAGAACACCAGGCCACGGUGAAUGCUGUCCUGGCUGCCCUGUGCCGCCCUCUCUUCCACCACGAGGAGGCUAAGAUCCGAAGGGCAGCCAUGAGGACCCACCUGGAUCUCCUGCAGCACCGCCACCACCAUCAUGAGGGUACAGAGGAGAACAUCACGACCCUCAUCGUGGUUCUGAUGCAUGUGGAGGAUGAGGACCUGGAGGUAGCACAGGCUGCGAAGGACAAUCUGAGCCUCCUGGCGGAAGCCCUCCUAUGGCACCUGGAGGGCAAGCUGCUGGCGCGGGACUCUUACAGCCUGCAGGAGCUGCUCCACAAGAUCGCCAAGCGUCUGAUUCGGCAGCUCGGCACAGAGGAUGCCGUGGAGAUGGAGGCCACCAAGAUCCUGGGCUUCUUCCACAGCGAGCAGCCUUCAGUGAGGAGAAUGGCUGCCCUGCUGAUCGGUCACCUGGUCCACAAAAAGGGCAGCAUCCUCACUGAAGGGAACAUAGAGACCUUCCAUGCUGCGCUGGAGAGCUUGCUUGGCGACCAUGACCCCGAGGUCGGGAGAGUUGCCUGCAAUACAGAGAAGAUCGUGAAGAAGGCCUUUUCCCUCCACUCCCGGCACGGGCUGCGGGCUGCCGUUCGGCGCUUGUGGGCGGGCUGUAAGAAGAAGAGACACCCGCCAGAGUACGGUGAUCUCUCCACCUGACCGACUGGAACAACAGCCCCGUGCUCUCCCCUUGAAGAUCAGCAGCUGAAGGGAGGUUCAGGAAAGACCGUGCAGCGCAGGGGCCUCCCAGAAGACCUCCUCCAAGCGCGUGGACACAAGAUCUGUCCACAAGAAGACAUCCAGCAGGGAAGUGCAGUUCUGUCUGAGGAGUGAGGAGGAAGCAGGCUCCACUCCCCUGGCCCAAGGAAGCCCCGCCUCUGGGGUGUGGAAGCCCCUCCCCUUGCUUCUGCUGGCAGGCUGUGGGAGGAGGCUACAGGACCACCCUGCCCCCAAGUGGCCCUUUGGAACCAUUCUUGGGCUUCCCUUGGGUCCGGGGAGGCUGUGUGGCCCCAGCAGGAGGACAAGGUCACCGCCUCCCUCCAUUCCCACCAGCUGGCCAGGGAACACCCCCUCCUCCUUCCACCUUUCUCCCCUUCCCCAGCGGCCUGGCUUCCCCUGGCAGGGGAAGCCCCAUCCAGGCAUCCGCCCCCUCCCCUGCCGAGGGUGUGCUCCUCCCCCCCUCCACUCCCGCAGCCACGCCUCACUCCCCCCUCCGCUCCCUCCUCCUUCCUCCCAAACCGGUGCAGCAGCAGAGGAGCCUGGGAGACUCUGGGGCCCCCCUGCAGCCCCAGUAGCGCCCCCUGGAGCUGCCCGGUGGCAGGCCAGUGAAUCCUCCUCUCCCUCCUGCUCCAUGCUGUGGCUGCACAGUGGGGAGCCCGAAUUCUCUGGCUUGCCCCCCCAUCAACCCCCACCCCACUGCCCGAUCCCCGCUUGCUGGGAGGCUGGAGGAGUCGAUCCGCCCCAGAAGAGGAGACCAAGUGAACGUGCCUGCAAGGAGCGGGGGUGGGGUGGGGUUGGGGGCUGGCUGGGACUCCCCUCAAUUUUGUUUGCCCUGCCAUUCCCUUCUUCUGUGUGACCCUGGGCUUCCUUCCUUCCCUCCUUCCCUCCCUCCCUCCUUCUCCCUCCCAGGGACAGAAUGGGCUUUGCUGGUCGCCCUGUUGGGGGCCGAGUAGGAAUUUUUGGCUUUCCAACAGAUUGGCCAAGAUGGAAAGUUUUUUUGCCUACUCCAUUCUGUCCUGUUUUGUUUCCUUUAGUUAGAAAGUUAAGUGACGACUUGUAACCUAUUUAAGUAUAUUAAUAAAGUUGCCCCUUUUGUUCAAAACA